AUGCGAACAGAAGAUCCACGAUACCUUCAACUUCUCGAACGACUUCGUCAUGGACAAUGUACUUAUGACGAUUAUAAAUUAUUACUAACACGAGUUGUUGGACAACCAUCAGUAGGAUCUUUACGCGAUUCGCCUUGGAAUAAACGACGCAAAUGGGACAAUAACCCAUGGUAUGUGUCGCUCAAGACACUUGCGAAGGAAAAAUCAAUUGAUGAUCCAACACUCAUUAAAAAAUUAUUAGAAUUAUCCGAUAGUAAAGCGGAACAUUUACCAGGUCUUUUACCUUUUGUUCCUGGAAUGUCCGUUAUUUUAACACAAAAUAUUGCUAUUGAACUUGGUCUUAUUAACGGAAUGAAUGGAAUCUUUCGACAACUUGUCUAUGAAGAAGAUUCUGUGUCAACAAAUGUUCUUUCCGAAACAUUUCCCAACAAUACAAGAUAUAUUCAUAAACGUUUAUAUGCUUUGAUUGAAAUUAUCAAAUCAAAAAUCGAAUGUAACCUCGAACAACUUCAACCAAACAUCAUUCCAAUACCUGUAAUGGAAGAAACAUUCCGGAUUGAUAUUGCUGAUGUAUUACCAAAAAAGAAGAGAUCAAAAUCAAAUCAAAAAGCAAUUUUAUCAAUAAAGCGACGCCCAUUACCACUCGUACCUGCUUAUUCUAUUACGACAUAUAAAAGUCAAGGCCAAACUUUAAAUAAUGUUGUAAUUGAUUUAAAACUACCAAAUGAAACUGACGAUAUCGGCGCAAUUUACAUACCUUUAUCACGUGUGAAACGUUUGACUGAUUUGAUCAUCCUGGGACAUUUUGAUUACAAGGUUUUAUUAAGGAAACUAAAACAAACUUUUCGCAUUAAUAUUGCCGAUGUUCUACCAAAAGAUAAGAAACCAAAAUCAAAUCAGAAGACAAUUUUAUCGAUUAAGCGACGUGCAUUACCACCUGUACUUGCGUAUUGUAUUAUAACACAUAAAAGCCAAGGUCAAACUUUAAAUAAUGUUGUAAUUGAUUUGAAGUUACCAAAUGAAACUGAUGACAUUGCUGCAAUUUAUGUACCUUUGUCACGUGUGAAACGCUUGGCUGAUUUGAUUAUUUUAAGAUAUUUUGAUUACAAAAUUUUAUUAAUGAAACCAAGUAAAUCUCAACUCGCCGAAAUAGAAAGACAAGAUAAACUAUAUUUAGAAACGCAAAUGCGUUUUUCUGAAUGGUUCUAA